ACUCUGCACAUUGUAUAAAUAGGCCCCGCAAACAGGGCUUCUUUGUUUUCUUCAUCACAGUCAUUUGUGGAGAGGGAUACAAUUUGUCACGAUGAAGAAGCUGUUGGUCGUGUCCUUGCUCGUUGCACUCCUCGCUCUCGGUGCUGAAAGCUUCCGUGUGCCGAGACAGGCCGCGGAGGAGGAUCAGGGAACUCUGACCAAGAUCACAGAUCAAAUCAAGACCUGGUAUCAAGGCACUGUCGACACGGCCAGUGACUACCUGGACAACAUCAAGGGCCUGAAGCUAGAGGAGAAGGCAAAGAAUCUGUACGAUGACACCACCACAGUUGUGACCACCUACGCUGGCAUAGUGCAAGAUCAGAUUUACCACAUCUUUUAUUCACAGCAUUAAACACGAUAGUUAGAGUUAGCUGCAGUGACUCACAGAGAGAAGACUUGCUCUGACCUCACGUCACCUCACACAAACAUCAACACCUCAAACAGCAUCAUCCCAUAUGAUGCAGUGACCCUUGACCCUGAACUGCUGGUAAACAAGGGACUUUUACAAACGUCUCUGUGUGAGUCAGACAGAGAAAUGUAAUGAUGUGCCGCCACCUACUGGUGUUUCUGUUCCAUGCUUCAUGGUCAUCUCACUUCUGAGUAAAUUAAACUAUUUGUAUCUUGAAAUAAAAUAUUUAUACAAAAUAAAA